AUGGGUUUAUUCAACAGUGGAAAAAACGAAAAGGUGGAAAAAGUUAGUAAAUAUGAACGUCAUUAUAAUGUUCCACAAGGUUCUACAAGACGUCGAUCAUCGAAACACCGCUCACAUAAUGGUGAACCAUCGACACGUGCAAUGUCUCAACCACCAAUGAUGCGUGCUGCUAAUCCCAACCUAAAUGGUCCAAGUUCGCAAGGAUUUUACCAACCACCCAACGUGUUUAGCCCGCCAAUGGUUGGAACGAUCAAUCCAAAUGUUCUAGCUGCAGCUAAUAUUAUGCCGCCCAAUGGAAUUCCACAAGUUCGAUAUCCAAUUCAACCAUUUGAUUUGAGCAAAUUUACACCAGGAGCAUUUCCAGCUAAUCCAUUUAAUGGUGGACAAAUGGCAGCAAUGAAUUUAUCACCUGCUUGGAAUAAUGGAUUACCAUUAGCCAAUAACCGAUCACCUUUUCAACAACCAUUAAAUGAAUAUCAACAAGCACCAUGGCAGCCAAUGUCUCCAUCUAAUUAUGGAUAUUUACCUCCUAUGCAAUUUUAG